GCGCGUGAAAUUUAUCAAUAUGGCGUCAAAUCUGUUUGAUGAAUCAUUCAUUUCUCUCAAAUGCAUUCCUACACUAUGCACUGCUCAGUACACGGAUUAUUUGACGGACCAUCCUGAAAUAAAACAGCUGAUUGCAGAUUAUGUCAUGACCCUUCUUGUCGUGAAGCCUGAUGACGUCAUCGAGUUCACAAUACAGUACUUUAAAGGAUUCGUCAGUGAACCAAGAUCAAAAGAUACUACCAAUCGCCCCGAAGCGUUCUGAUGUCAGUAACAUGACCACUAUC